CCUUGUGAGGGUCCGUCCAUGAUUUCGGUUGAUCUCCAAAGCGGGUGGUGCUUGCUUGGUUGGUUGGUCUUGCUACAUAUAUAUAAUAUGUUUAUUAAAUUAAUUAAUUAAAACUGUUUAAAUUGGCUGAUUAUGUUGGACUCAACGGCCCCUUUUCAAAAGCCCUUGGUCGCAGAAAAUCUGUCAAGAUCUUUCAGGCCGAGUGGAAUUGAACCGUAGACGAUCUUAUACCAGUUGGGGUCUUUACAUUCUGAAUGCAUGUCUUAUCAAUUUUUCCGCAGUGGGGGGGUUUGGGGGCAGGACCAAGUGGCUUUCAAGCGCAACGCAGCUUCAACAGAAUAUAACAAAAGACCCGGCCUCGUAUUGCUUGAAGAAAAGGAGUGAAUCCCGCAUCCAGACAGCUAUAUGGUACUAAGUCUCUACACCAGAAAGGCAUGAGCUUCUCUCCUUGUGACAGCAGCGUGUGUACAUUGGCUCAAGAUGUCGACCGUCCGGCCUGAGAAUCCGUUGGUUCGCGGAUGACACGAUGGCCCAGAUGGCCCAGAUGGCCGGCGGUCUACGCCGUGCUUUCGGCGUUCUUUCCGCGAUGUCUCACCCAGGUGGAGAUGUGCCAUCCAGAAUGCAAGACCUGCCAUUUGUUUGACCAUGACCUCUCAUGGCACUGCUUGGAAUGCAAUCCUGGUUAUGAUCUGUGGGUGGAUGGCUGCUUUUUGCCUUGCCCCACUGGCCAGUACAGAUACGGCUACACCUGCGAGAGAUGCUACGACAAUUGCGACGUUUGCGUGGGAGGGCUAGCGCAUGAGUGUCAGGUCUGUUCUUUCGGCUUUACCUUCGACUUCCGGGGGCUUUGCAUGAGAUCUUGCCCUCCAGGAAGACAUGCCUCACUGGAUGGAUUGAGAUGUGAAGACUGCGAUGCUUAUUGCAGAGAGUGUUUGAGCGGGUCACGAAUUGGAUGUUCAUCCUGCUAUUCUGGCUAUACUCUCCGGGUGCUGGAUACCAAUACCAACACUGGGGAGUGCAUGCAGGAUUGCGCGAAAGGUUUCUUUCGAGAUGCACCCAAUGAUUUGCGCUGCAUCCAGUGUGGAAAGUAUUGCUUGGAUUGCAACUCUCUCUACAACUGCUUUGAAUGCCAAGUGGGCGCAACCCUUUUCCGUGGCAUUUGCUACUUGGAUCCCAGCGGCACGGUGGAUCAGACGGUCGACUUGCAGACCUACCUGUCCUCGGGUGCUGGUGCCAGCUGGGAUGUCAACGACGCGCCCAGCUGGACCCUGUUGACCUCGCAGGUGCGGCGACUCCAAGACGAAGCCGAUGAAGCUUUUCAGUGGGACCCCAGCAAUCCUAAGUCGUGGGCCGCCGCACUUCUGCGCAGCGAGUAGCGCACGUGCUUGUUUCACCCGACCAGCACAGCCCUGUCGGGCAAAAGAGACAAAGAUCGGGGGCUUGUGGCAAUCUACUUCUUCUGUGUACAUUAUAUCUUUUGAAAGGCCAUCCAGUUCAAUGC